AUGUCUCGUGAAGUAGAAAGGGGUCCUGAUUUUCCGGCUUCAAGCCGUGCCUCCUCUCCAUCUGAUGCUUCGCCCGAAUCGGGAGCUGAGAAGCAAGCAGUAGAGCAGCCGGCCGCACCACCUUCUCCGCCGAAUGGAGGAGUCGUCGCAUGGCUACAGGUUGUAGGGGCCUUUUUCUUGUUCUUCAAUUCCUGGGGUGUUGUCAACACUUUUGGCGUCUUCCAAAGUUAUUAUGAGGAUACCCUCCUCCCCGAGUAUUCUGCGUCGUCCAUCUCAUGGAUCGGCACGGUCCAGGGAUUUCUGCUGUUCAUCGUCGGCGUGGUGGUCGGUCCAGCGUUCGACAAGGGCUACUUGAAGACUUUGAUUGCGCUGGGGACCUUCCUCGUGGUUUUUGGGUUGAUGAUGACUUCGCUGUCCACCAAGUACUACCAAGUCUUCCUGGCCCAUGGUGUAGCUGUCGGCAUUGGCUGUGCCUGUCUUUUCCUUCCUAGCGUGGCCACCGUUGCAACCUACUUUUCGACGAAGAGAGCUGUGGCCACUGGGAUUGUCGCAUCGGGAGGAAGCAUUGGCUCGGUGAUCUUCCCCAUUGUCUUCCACAGACUGAUCGGCCCUCUGGGGUUUGGCUGGACCACGCGGAUCAUCGGUUUCAUCGCCCUCGGGGGGCUCCUCUUCUCGCUCGCUGUGAUGAAGAUGCGUCUGCCGCCUGCAAAGCAGGCCCGCAAGAUCGUCGACCCCUCCGCAUUCAAGGAGUUGCCCUUCCUCAUCCUGAGUGCGGCCUUGUUCUUCGCUUUCAUCGGUCUAUACUUCCCGUUCUUCUACUUGCCCACAUUCAUGAGUAGCUACCUGCACGCUAGCGAGAACAUCUCCUUCUAUAUCAUCGCUAUCCUCAACGCCGCGUCUGUCUUCGGACGGAUCACCCCCGGUCUUCUCGCGGACCGGGUCGGCUCCAUCAACACGAUCAUCCCCAUCAGUCUGAUCGCCUCCGUCUUGGCCUUUGCCUGGAUUGGAAUCCGCAAUGAGGCGGGCACGAUCGUGUUCGCGAUCAUCUAUGGCUAUGCGUCCGGGGCUAUCGUCUCCUUGCCGCCCACGAUUGUCGCCAAGAUUUCGCCGAACCUGAGCAUUGUGGGCACGCGGAUGGGAAUGUGCUUUACCUUUGCCGGGCUGGGGCUGUUGAUUGGAAACCCCAUCGCUGGCACCCUGCUAGAUCUGCCGAAGAGGAUCUUCUGGAAGGCACAGCUGUUCAGCGCGGUCACGGUAGUUGCGGGUUCUGCGUUGUUCAUUCUUCUGCGGAUUAUCAUGGGGAAGAAGAUUGGCGGGUGGAAAAUGUAA